CUUUACAACCGACGGACCAUGAAAACAAGCAGCUGAUCAAAUGAUCUCAGUUCUGUUUUAUCGUAAAUUCAAUUAAUUUAUUACAUUUCAGUACGUGUAUUUAGUAGGUUAUUGUUGAUGUUAGUAUUGCCAUUAUCGUUUGUUAAUGCUCAGUCUCUAUAAACAUCGAAAACCAGUCAAUUUGGUGAUCUAGAGCAUCUAUAAUGACAUCUAAACCUACAUGUCUGAUUGUGGCCAGUGCUGCAUCUGCAGGAGUUUCAGCGCGAUCUUUCCAUCAGUGUUUUAAUUUGUGCAGUUCAGUGUUUAACCUGCAGACAGCGACACCUGGCGGGAAGCCCAUCGACUUUGCCGGUGUGGAUGAGAGCACAGCCCGCUGGGUGCAAGAGUUCAGUGUCAAACCCUACGCCAACCCGGCCAAGCUGGAGUCUAUCGAUGGUGCCCGCUAUCAGGCGCUGCUGAUUCCCGACUGUCCGGGAGCCCUGAUCGAUCUCGCCCACAGUGGAUCCCUCGCACGAAUCCUGUCCCACUUCAUUUCUCAUCAAAAGCCAGUGUGUGCUGUGGGACAGGGUGUAGCUGCUCUCUGCUGCGCCACAGAGGAACAGAAAUGGAUAUUUAGUGGCUACAGCAUGACUGGGCCCUCUGUGUUUGAGCUGGUACGUUCUCCUGAAUUUGCCAACCUGCCGCUGAUUGUGGAGGAUUUCAUCAAAGACAAUGGUGGAUCUUAUACAGCAAGCAUCGAGGACGCUGUUCACGUGGUCCUGGACCGCCAUCUUGUAACGGGCCAAAACGUUCAGUCCACAACAGCGGCCGUCAAUAACCUGAUUCUGCUGUGCAACAGCAGAUAAACACUUCACCUGUUCAGAAGGGAACGAACAAGGACCACGCCACGAAAUGUGAACCAGAAGUGUUUUAGAAAUGGCUGUUGAAAGCACAUUCACAAAUAUGAAAAUCAUGCCAAGAUGUCACUCCAAAUGUUUUGCACUCCAGAGUUUAGUUUAUCACUUAAAAUUCCAUUUGUUAAUUAUUAUUUUUUUGCCUUUAAAAUAUUUUAAUUUAAAUGCUUAGAAAGGAGCACAUGCCUUAUAAUAAUAAAAAAUAAAAAAAACUGUAAAUGCGUUUCAAAGCUAUGCACUGUAAUAAAAGGCUUUAUUUUUAACUACACUUUUAAAAGUUGAUAACGCCAGAAUUUAACCUAGAACAUUAAAUCCACUAAAAUGACAAAAGCACCACAUUUCAGCUUUUAAAUGCAUCAGACUUCCAUUUGUUAGUGCAAACAUGAUUAUGAUUUUCUUUGGUUAUUAAGAAUGCUCAACACAGAUGUUGUUGUGAAGCCUAACUUUUGAACAUUCCUGUAAAGUGUAAGAUGGGGCAGUUUAACAGGAAAUCCUGUGUUUUUUAUAUCCUGUGAAUAUGUAGAUCAUGUUUUGUUUUGCUUCAUUAUCUGAUGUCCAAAAAAAAUUCUGUGCUGCUUUAACAAGGUUAUGCUUUGCAAUGUAAAAAAAAUUAAAGCUGUAAUGUGCAGUAUUAUGAACAUAAUACAGCAUGAAAAACCAAAUCUGUACCUUAAAUUGUAU